AUGGAACCCGAACAUGAAGCCUUGCUUUUUCACACGAACGUACGAUGGCUAUCAAAAGGGAACAUGCUUGGACGGCUUUAUGAGCUACGAGAAGAAGUAGCAAUAUUUUUAGAUUCACAGCAGAAGGCAGACUUUCAUGACAAUUUCCAAUCUGAAGGCUUUCAGAUAACUCUUGCUUACCUGGUGGACAUUUUUGAAGCAUUGAAUGCUGUGAACCUUAAACUACAAGGGAAAAGCAUCAACAUCAUCACGCACCAUGACACCAUUCGAGCCUUCAUGGCCAAACUCGACCUCUGGAAAUGUCGGGUUCAGCAGGGAAAUGCAGCCAGUUUUAGGAACUUGGAUACUGCUCUCGCUGACAGUAACCUCGACUCUGACUUAAAGCAACAAAUAGUCACUCAUCUAAGUGACUUGAAAGCAGAAUUCAUCAGAUACUUCCCAGAUAUAUAUGACAAGCGUGAAGCCUGGAAAUUCAUCAGGAACCCAUUUCAAUGUGAAGUAGCUGAUGUUGCUGAUGAAGUCCAAGAAGAGUUCCUAGAAUUGAAGUUCACUCUACAGCUAAGAAACUUCAAAGAUAUGGAUUUGGAGACGUUCUGGGUCAAAUACCUUCCUGUUUACCCUCUGAUCUCACAUCAGUGCUCCUUGGAUUCUAACAAUGUUUGGAUCCACAUAUCUAUGUGA